CGCAUGUAGAGAACUUAGCGCAUACACCGAUCCCAGCCAGGCCCACGUGGGCCGAGGGUUGGUGCAUAGUGUAUCUAGCCAUUUUGGCUGAAGCCAUUUCGCUCCAGGGCAGCGUGCCUCUGGCUUCUUUUCGGCCUCGCGCGCACUCCGUCUGGCCACUGGCCUCGCGACCUCUGCCAUGGCGCAGCCUGCCCAGAAGAAGGCCAAGACCGAGAGAGUCUUCCUGUUCUCCUCCGAGUCCGUCAACGAGGGCCACCCCGACAAGAUCUGCGAUCAGGUGUCCGACGCGGUGCUCGAUGCGUGCCUCGUCGGGGAUCCCAAGAGCAAGGUGGCGUGCGAGACAGCCACGAAGGACAACAUGGUGAUGGUUGCCGGCGAGAUCACUACCCAGACAAAGAUUGAUUACGAGAAGGUGGUGCGUGGGGUGGUGGCCAAGAUCGGGUUCGAUUCGUUCGAGGACGACCUCUCCAGCGUGGACAGCAAGGGCCUCAGCGACAAGACCUGCGAGGUGCUCGUGCGCAUCAACAAGCAGAGCCCAGACAUUGCGGGCGGCGUGCACGUCGGGAAGGAGGAUUUGGAUGUGGGCGCCGGCGACCAGGGCAUCAUGUUCGGCUACGCUACCGACGAGACUGAGGACUGCAUGCCAUUGACUCACUCCGUGGCCACGAAGCUGGGCAAGACCCUGACGGACGUGCGCAAGAGCGGGGAGCUUUGGUGGCUGCGCCCGGACGGCAAGACGCAGGUCACGAUCGAGUAUUUGCAGAAGGCCGACGGCUCCGUGGAGCCCCAAAAGUUCCACACCGUGGUCAUCUCCACGCAGCACGCGGAGCCCUCCAAAGCGAAGCGCACCAAGGAGUGCGCCGGCUACACUGGCCCUGAGAUGACCGCGCCGAGCAUGGAGGAGAUGAACAAGCUGAUCACAGAGAAGGUGGUGAAGAAGACGCUCUCCGAGAUCAAGCUGAAGAAUGGAAAGCCCGCCAUAUCCCUGUUCGGCGACUUCACGCACAUGUACAUCAACCCGUCUGGCAAGUUCAUCAUCGGCGGUCCCCAGGGCGACGCCGGCCUAACUGGCCGCAAGAUCAUCAUCGACACCUACGGCGGCUGGGGCGCCCACGGCGGCGGCGCGUUCUCCGGGAAGGACCCCACGAAGGUGGACCGCUCCGCCGCGUACAUUUGCCGGCAGAUGGCCAAGUCGGUGGUCAAGAGCGGCCUCUGCAAGCGCGCGCUGGUGCAGCUCUCGUACGCCAUCGGCGUGGCCAAGCCGCUCUCCCUCUUCCUGGAGACCUAUGGCACCGAGCAGGGCGCACUGAGCGCAGAGGACAUCACCAACGUGCUGAAGAUCGAGUUCGACUGCCGCCCUGGCGCCAUCGCCAUGUCUCUUGCGCUUCGCGAGCCGAAGUAUCAGGAGACCGCAGCGUACUGCCACUUCGGACGCGAGCCGGUCACCAAGGGCGGCGUCAAGUUCUUCGAGUGGGAGAACGCCAAGGACGUCUCGAAGUACGGGAAGAUGAGCUCCGAGGAGGUUGCCGCCGCGCUGAAGGCCAGCAAUUACCUGAGCAAGUGGGUGGACUGAGGCACAAACGUGAGCGGACUCCGCCAAUCUUUGUGAUGUUCCAACCUGUUUUAGCCUUGACCACCAGAGAAUUUCGAGCAUCAAGAAAGUACCAAAACUUGAGGUUUUUCACCUGUCGGGCCCUGGGAGGCGACACUCGUUCGUCACUGUUUCGACACUUUUCUGGGCUCGAAAUAAUUUCUGGGAUGUGGUGCUUCAGUACGAUGGGAGCAACAUGAGCCAAUAUCUCCGCUCCUGGUGCAGAUGAUCCGCAGGUGCUGGUGCAUCGACGUGGCGCGCAGCCUCUGCACCUGUGCAAGCUUGCUCUCAUUGACAUGCCCGACCUAAGGCUACUUCUCGCUCUGGAUUUUGCACUACCUGUGCUCAGAUCCGCGGGCCCCGCCGUGCGGGGCCUGCGCGUUGGGCGGCAGGCAUACCGCUCUGCGCUCGCGCAGCCACUCAAGAAAGAA